GCUCCUUAGAAAGCGGACCAGCUUGGGGGCCGGGAAGCAUGCGAGGGCCGGAGCCCGGGCCUGGACCUACCAUGGAGGGGGACGUGCUGGACACCCUGGAGGCGCUGGGGUAUAAGGGACCACUGCUAGAAGAGCAAGCCCUUAGCAAGGCAGCAGAGGGCGGAUUAUCAUCACCUGAAUUUUCAGAACUCUGUGUUUGGUUAGGCUCUCAGAUAAAAUCAUUGUGCAACUUGGAAGAAAGUAUCACUUCAGCUGGAAGAGAUGAUCUAGAGAGCUUCCAACUUGAAAUAAGUGGUUUUUUAAAAGAAAUGGCAUGUCCCUAUUCUGUGCUCAUUUCAGGAGAAAUUAAAGACCGUUUGAAAAAGAAGGAUGAUUGUUUGAAACUUCUUUUAUUUUUAAGCACAGAGCUUCAAGCUUUACAGAUACAGCAGAGCAAGAAACACAAAAAUUCUCAGUUAAAUAAAAAUAAUGAAAUUCAUCAGGAAAUUCAAGCUAUCUGCGAUGCCCUUGGUGUACCCAAGUCAACAACUUCUGACAUUCCGCAAAUGCUAACCCAAGUGGAGUCAAAGGUGAAAGAUAUUCUCUCCAAAGUCCAGAAAAGUCAUGUUGGAAAACCACUGUUGAAAAUUGAUUUAAAUCUGGAGCAGGCGGAGCAAUUGGAAAAAAUAAACGAUGCUCUUUCCUGUGAAUAUGAAUGCCGCCGGCGGAUGUUGAUGAAACGUUUAGAUGUGACAGUGCAGUCCUUUGGAUGGUCUGACAGAGCCAAGGUAAAAACAGAUGAUAUAGCAAGAAUUUAUCAACCUAAACGUUACGCUUUGUCGCCUAAGACAACAAUUACGUUGGCCCAUCUAUUAGCUGCUCGUGAAGAUCUGUCCAAGAUCAUUAGGACAAGUAGUGGCACCAGCCGAGAGAAGACGGCAUGUGCCAUAAACAAGGUGCUGAUGGGCAGGGUACCUGACAGGGGCGGAAGACCGAAUGAAAUUGAACCACCGCCUCCUGAAAUGCCCCCUUGGCAAAAGAGACAAGACGGCGGCGGCGGUGGAAGGGGUGGUUGGGGUGGUGGAGGUGGUAGAGGAGGUGGGGGUGGGCGAGGUGGCUGGGGAGGUGGAGGAGGAGGAGGAGGGGGAGGAGGAGGCUGGGGAGGGGGUGGGGGAGGAGGUGGAAGAGGAGGUUUCCAAGGCAGGGGAGAUUAUGGUGGAAGAGGAGGGGGAUAUGGUGGGAGAGGAGGCUAUGGAGGAAGGGGUUAUGGAGAUCCAUACGGGGGAGGAGGUGGGGGAUACAGACGAUACUGAAAGCUGGAGAAAAAAAGCAACUAGGUAACUGCUUCUUGGUAAAUGCAUUAGGUAUAGUGUUCUAAAGAACAUACUUGAAUGUCAUCCUUGAAGUAAAGGCGAUGUUAGAUUCCCUGGUGAUCUCAUUCUUGAAUUGGAUUAAUAUGUAAGAAUAUUGUUUUAUACUACCAUUUGCUCUCUUAGACAAAGAGAUUUUUUUCUGUGUGUACCCUUGAGCAUGUUGUCUUUUCUAAAAAAAAAAAGAGCAAAAAUUUUUUUUAAAAAAAUGUAAAUAUUUAUUGCCACCUGACUUGGAAAAUAGAAAGUAUUUUAUUGUCAUGAUUGAAUUUAGAUUGUUAGCUGUAUUUUAUUCAAGUCUGAGACACGUAGAUUACCCCGCUUCAAGUGGCAAGGGAUGUAGACUGUUGUCUUCCUUUUAUUCCUGUGGCUGUGUUCUAUAUUUAAUUCUACUUUACAAAAUAGUAGGAAAAGACCCUGAUAAUUUUAAUAGGUGGUCAUCUUGAUUCAGUUUUCCUCUUACUGGAGGCAGUUACUCUGCUGAGGUCUCCAUUAAAGGUUCCAUGAAUUGAAACCCAAGUAUACUUUUUCCUAUCUAUAUUUGGUCGAUUUUCCAGUUGAAUUUAAAAUUUGUGUAACUUUUUAUUUUUUGCGUAACAAAGCAAAAGUUAAUAUUGAGGUCAGAAUUAUUCUAAGGGACAAGGAUGUACUAGUUUUACAUGAUGAUGUAUAAAAUAUGUUUCUAUAAACUGGUUUCUUCUUCAUUUGUGCAGUCACUUUAGAUAUCUGCAUAUGAAAAUACAAGAUUCAUUGCA